UAAACAUCUCUUUCUCCUUCUCCUUGGGCAGAGGUAAGAAAAAGGGAUGCAAUUAUAAGCAUCAAAAACAGGUCAUUUACCCCCAGAUCAUCAAUCAUAUCGUGACUUUAGCUACAACUCCUCACCAAUCUUUUUCCUUGAAGAUGAAUCUGAAAGAUUGAGUUACUCAGCAUCUAAAAAUGAAGAGGAAUUUCAGCUGUGAAGAAGGGUCCAAGACCACUACAACAUUCACAAGCCAAUAUAACAAUUCAUCAAGGAAAAAAGGCGGCGAAGAUGAUGACGAUGACGAUGACGAAGACGAAGAAGAAGAGGUGGAUAAUGAAGAGAAGAAGAGUGCAACUGCAGGUGUUGCGGUUCCAUCCUGCAGAUCUGUACGUCCUUAUAGUCGUUCUAGGAUGCCGAGGUUCCGAUGGACUCCCCAACUCCAUCUUUGCUUUCUUCUUGCUGUUGAAAGACUUGGAGGACAGGAUAGAGCAACACCAAAGUUGGUUCUUCAAUUGAUGAACAUCAAAGGCCUUACUAUUGCUCAUGUCAAGAGCCAUCUUCAGAUGUAUAGAAGUAAGAAGAUCAAUGAUACAGAUCCAGAGAAAGGUUUAUCAUUUGACAGUGGGGGUCAUAAUUUCUAUUAUGCUAGCCAAUUACCCAAACUGCAUAGUUUCAAUCAAAGAUCUUCAUCUUCUUUAAGUGAUGCUUGCAAUUGGAGAGGUCAAGACAACCAAAUCUGUAGUCCACACAACAUUGAUAGGUGUGGACUCAAUGGAGCAAAACAAGGACUUCAUGGCUCAGUCACCGAGAGAGUACUUUUUGGAAGACUCAAAAACAAUUCAUUUAAUGGAGAUUCCCAUUUGAGUACUAAUAUUUCUUCUUUCAACAACAUAGGACCCUCUAAUACUAACAAAAGAAGCAGUACUAGUACUCAUCCAACCAUACUGCUUGAUGAAGAGGUUGAGUCCCUUCAAAGAUGUUCAAGGAGACCAAUAUCAAGUGCUCAGUUGAUCAAAAAUGGAUCUUGUGACAGAAACUGGAGGGCAAUUCAUCAAGAAGUGGAAAAUACGGCGAAACGGAAGAAAUUGGACUUGAAUCUAUCUCUAAACGUGGAUGAGAAGGGCAUGGAAGGAACAAGUGAUGAAGAAGAAGAAGAAGAAGAAGUUGAUAGUGAUUUGUGUCUUUCAUUGGCUUCAUCAUCUUUAUCCACAACAAAGCAUGCAAGGAAGACAAAAAUGGUGGCAAGUACUCUGGAUCUAAUUUUAUGAAUUAAUUAGGACAAUUAAUUCUAAGUGAGAUAUUGUAGUACUUGUAACAAGUACUACAAUAUCAAAACCCCAUAUAUAUAUAUAUAGCAGUGGAUAAUGAUCCAUAUCGUCUCUCAAUACAAGGUCAUAUGUUUGAUUUUGUUGUUUUCAGUGUUUUAUGUGCAUGAAUAUCAAAAAAUACAUGAAUAUAUGUAUAGUAUUAUACCAUGAUAUGGACAAUAUUGUUGGGAAAUAAUAUUGUUUUCAAUGUUAGAAGGAAUAA